CGGCACAGUGCGCAUGUGCCCUCCACGCCCGUGGUGGCUCCCGGCCCCAGCGCUCCCCCGCUCCGCGCAUGCGCAAAACGCAACCCGACGCCUGGGAGUUGAGGCGCGGGUUUAGCGGCGCGUUUCUGCGAAGUCGCACGUGUGUAGCAUAGCAGAGGACAGAGUCGGCAGCCCCAGCCAUGGCAGCCCCUGGUGGCCGUCCAGCACAGGCCAUGUGCAUGCUCAGAGCCAGCCUGGCAGUCCUUGUGACCCUCACCCUCCUCCAUGGAGCUGUAUCCCAGCCUCACCGGGACUUCACACCACCAGGCCAGCAGAAGAAGGAGGCUGCCGCUGACCCCUUGACCCAGCUUGGGCGAGCGCUGCGGGGAACACUGGACAGCUGGCUGGGCCGCGAGACCAUGCACUGGGUGUCAGAGACCCUGGCACAAGUGGCGUGGGCCGUCUCCUCAGGCAUCUCGGUGGCCUUCUUUGCUGUGUCUGGGAUUGCAGCUCAGCUGCUGAACGCCCUGGGGCUGGAUGGCAAUUACCUCACCCAGGGCUUGAAGCUAAGCCCCGCCCAGGUCCAGACCUUCCUGCUGUGGGGCGCAGGUGCCCUGGUCACCUACUGGCUGCUGUCCCUGCUCCUUGGCCUGUUCCUGGCCCUGCUGGGCCGUAUACUGGGCGGUCUGAAGCUCAUCGCCUUCCUGGCUGGCUUUGUAGCCCUAGUGAGGUCAGUGCCUGACCCUUCCACACGGGCACUGCUGCUGCUGGCCCUGCUGACCCUCUACGCCCUGCUGAGCCACCUCACCGGCUCGAGAGCCUCUGGUGCCCCACUGGAGGCCAAGGUGCGUGGGCUGGAGCGCCAGGUGGAGGAGCUGCGCUGGAGGCAGAAGCGUGCGGCCCGGGGACCCCGUAGCACGGAGGAGGAAUGACAGGGACCCCUGCAGAACCCCCUGCACCACACCAAAGAGCUGAGCUGCUUUCGGCUGCCUGCACCUCCCCGCUGCAGCCCCCGGGCUUGGGGAGGGUAGCCCUGGGUUUCCUGCCAAUGUGCUGGGGCAGGAGUGCAGGUCAGUUUUGGCUGCUGCCUCUGGCCCCCACCUCCCAUGACCUGACUGCCCCCUGAUGCUGCUUGGCCCUGCCAACCCCCUGGCCAUCUACCCGCCUUUCCCCCCUCCAGUCCUGUGCUGGCACUGCGCCCUGCCAUCCUGGAUGGAGCAGGACCGCAGGCUGCAAGCAGUACACCUGUGUUACAAGUGCCUUAAUCCGAGCCGGCGGUGUCCCGCCUGCUGCUGCCGUCCUGUAGCAGGACUGUGCUAUAGCUGCCGUCAUAGACUGUGGGGCACCCACCUCCUGGCCUUGUCAGCCGGAGCUGAGACCCCCGAGGCAGGGGGUGGCUUCCUGCGCAUGUUGGUCUCCAGCCCUGCCCGGGAGCUGCCCAAGGAUGAGCGCAGCAAGCUGAUGAGUGCUCCUCUGCCGGUCCUGCCCUUCCUUGUGCUCCAGCAGAGCAGGUGGCCACCUCUGUGCCACUUCUGACUGCUAAGGUUUGAUGUGAAAGACAGCACAGUGACGUGUAUUUUUAUCAGUGCUUGAUUGAUUUUAAAUAAAGUGCACGCUAUUUUACUA